AUGUCUCAACCCGUCCCCGAAGAAGAGGAUGAGAAACUCCCUCCGGUACUCAUAGCCUCUAUUCAUGACAUUCGAUAUUUCUCCGCUCUUCUUCGAGGUGUAAGCUUCGUGAACCGUGCUACAGCAACGGUCACCCAAAGUGGCUUGGUCGUCACGGUCGAGGAGGCACGAACUUUACUAGCAACUGCCUACGUCUUCUCCGACAUCUUCGAUGAAUAUACAUAUACCCCGCCUCCCGUCUCCGCUUCUCAGCCAGGACCAUCACAAGCUGACUCCGAAUCCGACCCCGAGGACCCAGCGACUGCACUCGAAAUACCUCUCACUACUCUCAUCGAAUGCUUGAACAUAUUUGGGACAGCUGGCUCAACCGCUGCUAGCACGGCGUCAAAGACGAAAAAAUGGCAUCGUGCAGAAGACGAGUCAGACCCUGGUGACGGUGGUGGUUCUGGCGGAGCAGCUUCAGGAAAGGGGCGAAUUGACUCAUUCUUCAGCGCAGGCGCUCUUCAUAGAGCAGAGGAUACUUCAGGCCCAACUGCAACCUGCGAGAUCACGACAUACGCUGCAGAACCACACCUCGACCUCCCGUUCGAUACUGAGAACACCGUUCUGAAAGUCAUCCUAAAGUCGUCCUGGCUUCGUGACGCUCUUUCGGAGGUCGAUCCAUCAUGCGACAAACUGACAUUUCUAGGCAAUCCCCCUCCACCUGUUGGGCAGGCUGGAAAUGCCCAACCACGCGCAGUCCCACAAACCUCCAAGCCAAUGCUUCGCAUCCAAAUUUUAGGUGCAUUUGGCAGCACAGAGAUGGACUACCCAAAUGACAGAGAGGUCCUUGAAACGUUUGAAUGCGCUGAACCGGUCAAAUUCAGCUAUCGGUUUGGCCACAUAUCACGUACCCUUCGUGCACUUCAAAACUCUACCAAGACCUCACUGCGUAUAGACCGAGAAGGACUCCUCGCACUCCAAUUCUUGAUGCCAUCGCCGAAGCCCAGAGGUGGUACCAGUGAUGCUUUCAUCGAGUUCAGGUCUCUGCCCCUGGAUGAAAGUGCCGUCUAG